AUGGACGAGAAAGUAUACAAGCAAGAGAUAAAGGACGUACUUGAGAAGAGUGAUCCGAAAGAAGUGGACCGAGGCUUUAUGGAUGAUGUAUUGCAGAAGAUAAGGAAGAAGCGGGAAGUGACUCCCCAGGAGGUAGCAAGAGCCAUCUUAUUUAUGGCAGACUUUCCGGACAGAGAGUGGGAUCUCCCGUCAAUAGUUGGGUCGAUGAAGAGCAAUCUCGAGGAGAUUAACUGGAGGGAUGUUUAUUCAUGCUUCCUUGAUGUGAACUUCAGCAUCUGGACCUUGGAGUCUUUGUAUGUUAUCAUUGACUGCUGGGUCCAUAUUAGUGGGAUCAUUACUGUUCCAUAUGAGAUAUUUUUCAAGAGAUGGAAGAAUGAAAGGGCGCAAAUAUAUUUUUUGAGGCUGAUUAUCGAGAGUGAUGAGAAGAGGACGCAGCUGUAUUCGAAUGUAUUUUUCAGCAGGAUCAUCAGUAUUGAAGAUUCGAGAAGCUAUCGCUUUAAGAAUGUGCUGGGGUACGAAAGCAAUUUCAACUGUGUGGAGCUUUUCCAGUGCAUUGGGAUGCUUGGGUCGAUUCCAUUGGUCGAGCUGAUUGCAAGGAAGUCGCCUGAGUGGUGUGCAGCGGGGCUUGGGUUUAUUCAGCCGAGGUUUUCUAGGAUGUUUGAGGAGCUUUUGAUAGGCUUUGCAAGAGGAGCACCCAAUAGCUUUAUCCUGCAUGUUCUGUUCAAGAACCAUCCUGAGAUGAUGCUUCAGAAGGCGCUGAUUCUUGUUAGAGAGGGGAUACCUGUGUCUCGGAUCCUUGACAUAUUCCUAGAGCACAAGAUGCUUCCCGUUGUUUCUGAGCUGCUGGACCCGCCUGAGCUUUGCUUUGACAUCAUUGUGCUGAGCUCUAUCCGGGAUCAUUUGAAUCUUGGUAUUUGGCUGUCCAAUAACUUGACGACCAGGAAAGACGAGUUUGUUAGAUCACUUGUGCUAUACUUGGACUCGAAAGUAUCGAAGUGCAAGGAGCCUGAGAAGAUGUUUCCGCUCAAUGUUGAGAUCAUGGGGACUUUCACGAAGGCUGUGGAGCAGUAUGUCAGGAUACUGAAGCCGGAGACGGUUGGGAUGUACAACGAGUUUAAGUCGAAGAUUCCCCAUGGGCUUCGAGCACAGAGGAGCAAAGACAUAAAGAUUGAGGAGGAGGCAAGCAAUUUCAUCUCGCAGAUCAUCAACUCGCAAAGAGGGAUUGAGAGUAGCAUCAACCAGAUCAAGGAGUUCCUUCGGGGGAAUGCAUUGAGCAAGGAGCUAGCGUCCCGAAUAUUUUCUGCGUUGCUUGAGAAUUACGGAUCGCUGUACAAGCUGCCGAAUUCUGAUCUUAUUGCAUUGCUGUAUGGAGGCCUGAUAAAAGAAGGGGUGUUUCCGAAGCCUUACCAAAGGAUGGCCAUUGAGUACAUAAAGGGAUCGCUGAAAUAUCCUGAGAACGACAGGGAGUACUCGUUUGGGUUCCGGUGCCUGGAGGUGUUUCUGCCAUCUUACCCAUCGAUCCUGCCUGAGAUUGAGGAGAUAGAAAGUGUCAACAACAUCCUUGUGAAGAAGGAGUUGAUUCUUGUAGAUUCGAGCACUCAUCCGAUGCUGGAGCUGGAGGAUAUGGCAAAGCUGAUAUUUAAAUGUGACAGCAAGAAUGAGAGGAUUGGGGAAAUAAUCAAAACCCUGGGUUCUGAAGCGGAAAAUGAUGGGCACAGGCUUUCUGAUGCAAUCUCAAGGAGCCUUGUGGAGAAGGAAGAGGUAAUACUGUACAUCAUCCAGAAUGUCUUGUUGGAAGACUGUAGAAGACUCAUACUGGCCGUAGAAAGCCUGGGGAAUGACUUCUACCUAAAGUUUGUUCGGAAGUCUCUUGAAUUCCUUAAGAUGUUUUUAGACUACAGAAACAGGAGCGAGAACCAGAUUGCUAAGAACCUAGGGUUCAUACUCGGAGGGGUGAUGCUUGCCAAGAACAGGAUUGUAACGUCUGAGCAGUUUGACUUCAAGAAGUUUGUUGUGAAAUCUGUUGAGUGCAGAAGGAUUUUGUUUGGAGUGAAGUUUAUAUCAAGCUUUUUGAAGCAGGGAAAGCACGGAAUUGUGUUUAUUCCAAAUAACCCAUGGAUGAUGAGUAUUUUGAGUCUUCUGUCUGAGAUCUAUAGCUGCACCCCAAAGGCUGUAAGGGACGAGAUCCAAGGGCUGUUUGACUACUUUUCGGUUGACCUUGUCCCAAGACCGUUCAAGAGCCUUGGACUGAAGUCCAAGAAGUAUUUAGCAGAGUACGUAAUUGAAGACGGAGAUCUUGUAGUCAGGCAUGUGAUAUCUCUUGCAUUGGAUCUAAGCGUGAGGGAGAUAUGCGGGGCGAUUGUAGAGAAGGCCUGUUCUGUUGCAAUACAGACUGGAAUGGUUCUCUUCAGAACGAUGUGUGUCGAAAAGGGAAUGGAGUAUGUCCUUUUUAGGAACAUGGUGGUGAAUCUCACGAAAUUCCUCUGCCUAGUGUCUGCUCAGGAGCCGAUUAAGGCAUGCAUUUCUGGGAAUGUCUCAUACUUCAUGAAGCUCUGCUCACUGGACUUCUCGACUGAAAGGGUGUUCAAAGUGGCUCUGGAGAACCAAGCGGUUUGCUGCGAGCUCAUCCAGAGGGCUGGGGUGUCGAAGGUCAGCGAAUCUAUCAGCGGAUGCUACAGCAGCCUGGAGUACCGGAAUGGAGAUGCAGGUGAUGUAAGGCUUUCUCUUCUUGAGGAUCCUGGGCACAUUGAGAAGGUGGCGAUCAAGCCUGUUGACAGUGGCGAGUAUCAGGAGAUAAAGGCACAUCUUGGGCAACUGAGCAAGAAGAUUCCAUACUCGAAGAAGAACAUUGUGGCUGAUGAGUGGCGUGGGCUUCUAAAUGAAGGAAAGGAGCAGGUGUUCAAGAGAAUACUGGAGAGUGUGGAAAACAACGAGGACAAGGACGAGGAGUGCAUCCGGCUAUGCAGGUACAUCACAGGGCAUCUCAUCAAGAGUGGAAGUAAAGAGGACUUUCUAUUUGAAUGUAUGGAAAAGAUAUUUAAGAUAUCAUUCAAAACACAAAAGGAGGUUCUAGGAUGGCUUAUUUAUUCCAACGAUCCGCGGAAGUUUAGUGUCAGCCUUGUCAGUAAGUUUAUAGAACACAAUCUCAUCAACGUAGUAGAAUACGACCAGGCUCUUUCGAAGAUCUCACUUGGAGAUGGGAAUCUCGACUUCGUAAUAGCACUCUUGACGUCUCUGAUAACAACCGAGGUCCAGAUAUGCACUGUGUAUGACUUUAUUUGCACUCUCGAGAUGCUUGCAGGACACAGCGACAACCCCAAGGUUUUCGACUUUUUCCAAAAGAUCAGUAACCUGAUGAUGCAUAUAGAGGCGAAGGGGGUGUCUGAGUACGACGAGUAUGUCCGGAACUGCAGAUUCACGACGGUUCCCGAGAUGUUCCUUCCCGAGUUCAUGGAGAGAGCAAACUACCCUGAGUCGCUAGACAUCCGGUCUGCCUUUAAGGUGUCUUGGGAUCACUUCAUAAGAUACCACCGGAUCCCCACUGCAUACUGCUACUUGAAGGUGGACCCUCUUCCAAACCUCAUCAAGGACAAGCUCUACGAGUCGAUAAAGGACAGCCUCUUUGUGUUUCUGGAGGCGUACAGGAAAAGGAACUACCUGUUCUUCAAGCUCUAUGCAAGGUUUAUUGUCAAGAUACUGGAUGUGAUUGAGGACACGCCAACCAACAGAUCCUUGGUGUUCUCUGUGCUAGAAGUUCUGUCUCCAUCCAGGGUUCCUGGAUUCUCAUCCUGUUUCUUAGAGAUCCUGAGUCACAAAUUUGUCUUAAAAUACUUUGACUCUGAGGAAGGUGUUGUUCUUGCUGCAGAGACACUGAGGUGUGGCUUCUAUAGCCCGAAGUUCAUGUAUCCGAUCACGCAGAUCAUGCAGGUACUCAAAAGAAAUCCCACAUAUGUCAGGAUGUACUCUUCGUACCUGGCCUAUUGCUGUCCUCAGGAGUACCCCCACAUAAAGAACUUCAUUAACCAGACCAGAGAUAGGAUUGUGCCUGUGGAGGGCCAGAACUCAUUCUUCAGGCUCCGAACAGCCCUCCAGAACAGGACGUCUGUAAAAGUAACCGACCUUGGGAUAGGAAAGAAUCUUUGGGUGUACCUGAUAGACAACCUUAACGAGACAGACACCAUCUCGUCUACGGUGAUUGAGAGCAUCAAGUUCAUGAUAGAAAGGAAAAUGCAUCUCGAGGAGAUCCUGACGAUGCUCUGGAUUAGGAUGAAAGCAGGCGGGGCGCCCAAGGCACUAGCAGCUUGUUAUGAUGAGAUUUCCUCUUUUGAUUUUUGCCGUGUAUUUCUGAAGUCUCUUGAGAGUCAUAGUUAUAAUAAACUGUAG